GAAUAUUAUUUUCGUGACCAACGCGCAAACUCAGAGCAGAAACACUUUUGCGUCCUCCACUUCGUUGCAUGAUGCGGUCCAGUUAUGAUAAAUAAAUAUAUAAAUAAAGUGAACAAAUAAAUGUCUCAGCGGUUCCUCGGUGCCAACAUCACUCUCGUCUCUUCCAAACACUUCUUCUCAUUUUUAGCCGCGCCAACGACACAAAGAUUUUCAAGUCCAAUCUCGAUAACAUUCGCCAUGUCGUACCGACCUAACUACCAAGGCGGUCGCCGAGGCGCGUCCUCCGGAAGCGGUGCUGGCAGACGCGGAGGUGGCGGACGCGGUGGAGGUCGUGGCGGAGGUCGCGGCGGUGAGCAGCGAUGGUGGGACCCUGUGUGGCGUGCCGAGCGCUUGCGCCAGCAAGCAGCCAAGAUGGAAAUUCUUGACGAGAAUGAAUGGUGGGGUAAGAUGGAGCAAAUGAAAAACGGAGAAGAGCAAGAGAUGAUAAUAAAACAUAACUUCAGUCGUGCUGAUCAGCAAACCUUGUCUGAUAUGGCCCAUCAAUUAGGUCUUUACUUUCAUGCAUAUAAUAAAGGAAAGACCCUUGUGGUUAGCAAAGUCCCUUUGCCAAUGUAUCGGGCAGAUCUUGAUGAACGUCAUGGAUCCACACAGAAAGAGAUUUGGAUGUCUACAGAAAUUGAGAGGAGAGUUGGAAACCUUUUGAAUAACUCACAGGGGUCAUCAUCUGUUAAUAAUUCUGGCGUGGCACCUGACCAGGGAGGCAAACAAGUGCCACCCAAUGUAAAAGUAGCUAAUCCUGUCUCUGUGGAGUAUACAGAUGCUAACAAGGAGAAACUUAAUUUUGAACUUAAGGAGAGGCAGGAGAAACUGAUGGUUGGUAACGGUGUGAAAGCCGUGCAAUCUUUUCGAGAAAAGCUUCCUGCAUUCAAAAUGAAAGCUGAGUUUCUUAAGGCUGUUGCAGAAAAUCAGGUAUUGGUAGUUUCUGGAGAGACAGGUUGUGGUAAAACAACACAGCUUCCUCAGUUUAUUUUGGAGGAGGAGAUAUCAGGUCUGCGUGGUGCUGAUUGCAACAUAAUUUGCACUCAACCUCGUCGUAUAUCUUCCAUAUCUGUUGCAGCUCGAAUAUCCUCAGAAAGAGGAGAGAAUCUUGGUGAAACUGUUGGUUAUCAAAUUCGCUUGGAGUCAAAGCGUUCUGAUCAAACAAGGCUACUGUUUUGCACCACUGGAGUAUUACUUAGACAAUUGGUUGAGGACCCAGAUAUUAAUCAUGUGAGCCAUUUACUAGUUGAUGAAAUUCAUGAAAGAGGAAUGAAUGAAGACUUUUUGUUAAUAAUUUUGCGCGAUCUUCUUCCCCGGCGUCCAGAUCUCCGUCUCAUCCUGAUGAGUGCUACCAUUAAUGCUGACUUGUUCUCCAAAUAUUUUGCAGAUGCCCCAACUAUACACAUUCCGGGAUUGACCUUUCCUGUGGCAGAUUUAUUUCUAGAAGAUGUUUUGCAGAAAACCGGUUACAACAUAAAGUCAGAAUAUGAAAGCUUCCAGGGAAACUCAAGAAGAAAGAGGAGAGAGCAAGAUUCAAAGAAAGAUCAUUUAACUGCUUUAUUUGAGGAUGUUGAUAUUGAUUCUACCUAUAAAAAUUGCUGUGCAUCUACUCGAGCAUCUCUUGAAGCUUGGUCAGGUUCACAGCUUGAUUUGGGUUUGGUGGAGUCAACAGUAGAAUAUAUCUGUCGCCAUGAAGGUGAUGGAGCAAUUCUUGUAUUCCUUACUGGUUGGGAUGACAUUUCUAAGCUAAUUGACAAGAUUAAAGUAAACAGAUUUCUUGGAGAUUCAAGCAAGUUUCUAGUACUCCCUGUACAUGGUUCAAUGCCAACCAUCAAUCAACGUGAAAUAUUUGACCGUCCUCCGCCUAACAUAAGAAAAAUUGUUUUGGCGACAAAUAUUGCAGAGAGUAGUAUCACCAUUGAUGAUGUUGUGUAUGUCGUAGACUGUGGAAAGGCAAAGGAAACCAGCUAUGAUGCUCUAAACAAGUUGGCUUGUCUGUUGCCAUCAUGGAUUUCAAAGGCUUCAGCACGACAGAGAAGAGGUCGUGCUGGCCGUGUGCAACCUGGCGUUUGUUAUAAAUUGUAUCCUAGAAUAAUCCAUGAUUCAAUGCUUGAAUAUCAGCUGCCUGAAAUUCUCCGCAUGCCUUUGCAAGAGCUGUGCUUGCAUAUCAAAAGCUUGCAGCUUGGAACCAUUGGGACCUUUUUGGCAAAGGCACUUCAGCCUCCAGAUACUCUAUCUGUUCAAAAUGCAAUUGAACUUCUUAAAACAAUUGGAGCUUUAGAUGAUAUGGAAGACCUUACUCCACUUGGACGCCAUCUCUGCACGCUGCCUGUGGAUCCAAAUAUUGGAAAGAUGCUUCUAAUGGGAGCCAUCUUUCAAUGCCUCAAUCCCGCUUUAACAAUUGCGGCUGCACUUGCACAUCGUGAUCCAUUUGUCCUUCCUAUAAAUAGGAAAGAGGAAGCUGAUGCAGCAAAAAGAUCAUUUGCCGGUGACUCUUGCAGUGACCACAUAGCACUUCUCAAAGCGUUUGAAGGCUAUAAGGAUGCGAAACGCAAUAGAAGGGAAAGAGAUUUUUGUUGGGAAAAUUAUCUAUCUCCGGCCACCUUGCAGAUGAUGGAGGAUAUGAGAAACCAGUUUCUGGAUCUACUAUCACACAUAGGCUUUGUGGACAAAUCCAAGGGUGCUAAUGCAUACAACCAGUACAGCCAUGAUUUGGAGAUGGUAUGUGCAAUCUUGUGUGCUGGGCUCUACCCAAAUGUUGUACAAUGCAAAAGAAGAGGAAAGCGUACAGCAUUCUACACAAAAGAAGUUGGGAAAGUUGACAUCCAUCCUGCUUCUGUUAAUGCAGGGAUUCAUACCUUCCCUCUGCCUUACAUGGUUUACAGUGAAAAGGUGAAGACAACUGGUAUCUUUAUCAGAGAUUCGACAAACAUAUCAGACUAUGCUUUGCUACUAUUUGGUGGCAGUCUCAUUCCUGGCAAAACUGGGGAGGGUAUUGAAAUGCUUGGCGGUUACCUUCAUUUCUCUGCAUCAAAGAGUGUGUUAGAGUUGAUAAAGAAAUUGCGAGCGGAGCUCGACAAACUUUUGAAUAGGAAGAUUGAGGAACCAGGGUUUGAUCUUUCCGUGGAGGGAAAGGGAGUGGUUUCUGCUGUGGUUGAGUUACUGCAGAGUCAAAAUGUACACUAUUAAUCUUCUGCCUUUUUUUGGGACCAACAACCAUAAGAUAUUAGACAUCUUGCUAUUCUUAUUCCCCUGAACAAAUUAAUUUAAAGUUUUGAAGAUCUGCUUAUUAUUUCCCUGCAAAACAAUUAGUUAUACAUCAAUUUAGAAGUUGGAUGAAUGUAGUAAUAAAUGACACAUCUAGAUAUCUCAGGGUUAGCAAUGAUAUAUGGAGGAACUUGUUAGAUUUUGUUACUCAUCAAGAAUUUUUUUAGACUGACGUAGAA